AUACGAUGAGGAUGACCUGGACAAGAUGGGGAGCAUAGCGAGAAAGCUACGUGCCCUGGAGGAAAAGGUAGAAGAGAAGGCGGGAGCGAAGAAGCACACCCUGGCCAAAUCACCCUUUUCAGUCAGGGUAAAUGCACAAAAUUUGAGGCGGAAGGUCAAGCUGGAGGUGGAGAAAUUCACUAGAAAGGAGGAUCCAAAUGUCCACCUUGACACCUUCCAUAAUGCAGCGCAAAUGGCCGGGUGUACUGAUGCUGAAGAAUGCCUACUCUUCUUCUCAUCCUUGAGAGGGAGGCCAGUGGAAUGGUUUAACAGCCUUCCACAUGGUAAGAUCGGGUCCUUUGAAAAACUUGCUGAUAUUUUUCGCAAGAAGUACGAGGACAAGUGCAUCAAAAGGAAGAAGUUCACCUACCUUAACACGGUAAGGCAGAGGGAGAAGGAGUCCUUGACUCAGUUCUUAACUCGCUGGAGGGACGAGGUCGACAAAGUAGAAGAGAUGGACGACAAGACGGCCAUGUCUUUGCUGAUGAAUGCCUUUCGGUUGGGUGACCUCUACACUGAAUUUUGUAGAAGGUCACCCUCCUUUUAUCAGGAAGCCUACAAUAUAGCAUGGGAGUAUGCCGAGGCAGAAUUCCUAAACAAGAGCAAGCGGGAACUAGAGGAAGGCUAUACAAAGGUGAAAACUGAUACGCCGAAGAAGGAUGACCAGAUGGGAGGGUCCAAUCCGAGGGCCACAUAUGAUGGGUUUGUUCAUCAAAUAAGGGAUGAGAAGAAAGGAGAACAAUCCAAGCUGCCUUGGAUAGAGAAGUGGUGCACCUACCACCAAUCCGACUCUCACAACACGACAGAUUGCCGGAAUGUGAGGGUCGUGCUCAGGGAGAUGACCUUGAAAGGGGAAUUGGGUGAAAUAUUCGUUACGGGGCUUGAGAAAGACCCAUAGGCGAGUACUUGAAUCCACCCACAAGAAUAUGAUCAUGGAAAGAAGAGAGGGUGGAUAAGAUGUGGUCAAGAUUACUAAGCUUGCUAUAGACGGAUCAGUCUUGAUGUCUAGGACCUGGACCGUUGCAUGGGCUGAUAGCAAAAAAAGAAAAAAAACCCU